UGGCCAGGCCCUAUGGCCCCCCGGGCCCUGGGCCCUCUGCUGCUGCUGCUGCUGCUGGGCCUUGGGGGGGCCGCCGCCGCCGGGCUGGCCUCCGCCCUCUUUGUCCUCUGGAAAUCCUCCCGCCGGGACCCCCCCCGGGACCCCCAACAGGACCGUGCCCGGAUGACCCCCCACCUCCGGGAGCUGGAUCGGGAUGAGCGUCAAGUGCUGGUUUUGGGCCUGGAUGGGGCCGGGAAGAGCAGCCUCCUCCGCUGCCUGGCCGGGCAGGCCACCGAGGGCCACGUGGCCCCCACCUGGGGCUUCAACUCCGUGCGGCUGCCCACCCGGGCCUUCCAGAUGGACCUCCUGGAGGUGGGGGGCGGCCAGAACCUGCGCUUCUACUGGAAGGAGUUCCUGAGCCAGGCGGACGUCCUGGUGUUCGUGGUGGACUCCGCCGACCGGCCUCGCCUCCCCAGCGCCCGGCAGGAGCUGCACAUGCUCCUGGGAGAGGACCCUGACCUGCCGGUGCUGGUGGUCGCCAACAAGCAGGACAAGAGAGGAGCCCUGAGCUUGGGCGACCUACGGCAGGAGCUGGAUCUUCACUGCUUCGACGGCCAGCGGAACAUCUUCGUCCUCCCGGCCAGCGUGGCCCCGGCCGGCCCCGGGGCCGCCGCUCCCUGCGUCCUCCAUGUCCGGACUCUGCUUCUGGAGCUCCUGUCCCGGGCUUGACCGGUUCUCUCGCCGACCGGCCCGGGCCCGCAAUGCCGAGGGGAAUCGGCAGAUCCGCACUAGGCCGGCGGCAGGGGGGAAGAGAUGGCGGCCCAGGGACCGGACCGGCCUUUCCUCCCUCCGCUGCCACCCUUUCUUGGGAAGGACGUGCCCCUCCCGGCGACCUUUUCCCUCCCUCAGUGGCCGCCAACCUUGGCCAGCACCUGGCAGAACGGGUAGCCCAGCGUCUCUGGUCAAGCCAGGGGGCUGACUGGACUGCUGGCAGUUCCGUCUAGACUUUCCUGCCUAUUCUCCUCCAGACCUGGAAGUUCUCCAGGGCCAAAAUGACUCAAGCCCUCCCUUCCUUGCCCCCUGGGAAGCAAGAUGUUCCCCAGCUGCCCUCCGCCGACAGCAGGGGCUCACCUCAUUCGAUCCGUCAUUCGAUCGACGGGUGAUAUUGGAUGGGACGGCCAGAGCUGCUGUGUUGGACGCAUGGGAUCUUGAGGAAAGCAGCUCUAACAAGGCCUGGAAUGGUGGGUGACUUGAAUGAGACUCCCAUCCCCGCAGUGACGAGGAACGCGACGUGUGAUGUGACGAGUGGGGGGCUCCAUGUCAUGGUCCUGGCAUCCCACCUCCUUCUCCCCGAGAAACAGCCCCUUCCCCCAUCCUGUAACGUGAAUGUUGCUUGCAGCGUGUGUUCCCAGAUUCCCUGUACCCAAUGGAGGCCCGGAGACUGGAGGGAAAGGGGUAAUAAUGAAGCAUCGUUGUGGUCUCUG